CAGUCAUCAUGAACCAGGAAAGAGGCCCCAGAGGGACCUCCGAAGGCAUCCCCGGGCUCUCCGAGGGGACGCUGGCAGAGAAUUUGAGAGGUUUCCAGACUCCUCAGUGGGAACCAAGGCUGAGGGACUCUGAGAAGCCCUCUGAUGGCGAGACCCUUGUAGAGUCUCCAGAGAAGCCCUUCAGAGGAGCUCUCCAAAUGCCACUGCUGUGGAAGAGUCCCCGAUUGAGACCAGAAAUGCAGGGGACCUCCAACAGGUGACACCAAGGAGAGAGGCCCCCAGUCCUUUCACCGUGGUGUGUCCUUCCCCAUGACUAUAGGUCCUAGUUCCUGGGCAGGUGAGGAGGGUAGUUGAGUUGGUCGUUGUCCCAGGAAGAACAGUUUAGACUCCCCCGGGGGUUCCUGGGUAGUAGAUUGGAGGGCUGGUGUUGACAUGCUAUUCUGGGAAGGGAGGUAGGAUUUUUGAGGGAGGGAGGAGGUAGCAGCCUAACCAGUUUGGAGAGGUUGUUACCUGCCAGGGAACGCCUUUGAGCCUUGCACAUGUGUAACCUGGGCUGCUGCAAGGCCCUGGCAGGAUAUCAGGGGAAGGCUCAGAGCAGUUGGUUCCCAGUCCCAGAGUGCACUGCUCUGGCCUUCCUUUCAGCCCUUUCAUCUGUAUGCUGUCAGGACUGCCUUGGCUCUGGGUUUCAGCAGGCCCAGCGUUCCUAGCCAAAUUAGCUCUGGCUGGGAGGGAGAGGAGAGAAGAGAGUCAAAGCACAGAGACCCCGGGGAUCUCUUUCAGGCUCCUCAUCCUGCAAACCCACCCUGAUCAACCCUUCUUUCUCCUCUCCGUGUAGACUCCCUCUUCUUCCCUGCCUCCUAGCUGCUAGGUUCCCUUCCUCCCAGGCAUGAUUCCUUCUGCACCCCCUUGUCUUCCUUCUCUUCUUUCCCUGUGACUCUGCAAGGCGAUCCUGUGCCAGGGGUAUCCCAUACCCAGCCCUCCAUGGCUUCCUCCUCUCUGUCUGGGUGGGGACUGAGUCUAGAACUCUAGAGGGAGGGUGGGGCGCAUAAAGCUGGCUCCCAGCCCAGGAGGCUGCAAUAGUUGGGGUGGCUAAGGGAGAAGGCCCUGGCCCUGCCCCUGCCUGCCCCUCCCUUCCCCCAGGUAUAAGAGCUGAGCUCAGGUGAGCUGGCUCCUCCAUCCUGUCUCUGCAGCUGCCAGCAGUCCUCCCCGCUCUAGGCAGAUCAUGAGCCAUCAGCUCCUGUGGGGCAGGCUAUAGGACAGACAACAAAAGUAACUCACCGGAGGACCAGUGCACCAGGCACCAUGGGACAGUGUCGGUCAGCCAACGCCGAGGAUGCCCAAGAAUUCAGUGAUGUAGAGAAGGCCAUCGAGACUCUCAUUAGGAACUUCCAUCAGUACUCGGUGGAGGGCGGAAAGGAGACGCUGACCCCUACUGAACUCCGAGACCUGGUUACCCAGCAGCUGCCUCACCUCAUGCCGAGCAACUGUGGGCUAGAAGAGAAAAUUGCCAACCUGGGCAACUGUAAUGACUCGAAGCUGGAGUUUGGAAGCUUCUGGGAGUUGAUUGGAGAAGCAGCCAAGAGUGUGAAGAUGGAGAGCCCUGUUGCUCGGAGCUGAGAGCUUCUGCUUGGAACUUGUUGGGGGGUUUUGGGGUUACUGGAGGUAGGGGAUUUUAGAAGUCCUGGGCAUAGAAAUAAAACUCUUCUCUACGCCUACCACCCCAUUCCCCAGCCUGUACCUCUCCUCUUUGUUGUGAGGUUCAGGCUCAGGACAACCUUCCCUAUGGGUUCUGUGCCCUCCUCUAGGGUGCUCUGCUGAGCUUCUGGGUCCAAAGUCCUCAUCCCAGGGGAGCUCAGGGGGUGGGCUGGGGCUGGAAAGGAUAUGCAGGGACCUGGUGGGGGAAGGGCCAAGCUCUUGGUAGUAGGGGAAGAGCAGAAAGGACUAUGGGAAAUGAUCUGAAGAAUGGGUGGGGAAGCUGGCUGGAAAAGGGUGUCUCAGAGCCGACCCCUUCCAGUCUUGUCCAGUGAAGCUGUAGCUGUCUGCCUUGUGCUGUCCUUGCUGCUUCCAGCUCUGCCCCACCCUCCUCCCAGUAGGAUCAGGGGCAAACAGGAGCAGAGAGGCAAAAGGGGCAAAGGAGGGCAUGGUUUCAGGACUUCGGGGUGAGAGGACUAGCUAGGUGCUUGGGCAUUUAUGGAUGAUAGUUAUUUUAUAAUAUU